AUGGCGGUGGAAAAGGACAAGCUGAGACACGGAGCACUAGCUGCAGUCACCUUCUUCAUUGCACUCGCAAUAUCUUUUCGCAUAAUCAAGCAGCUCUUCAUAAACGUCAGACGAAAGAAAUCGUGUUAUUUGAACACAGAACACAAACCUCAGCACUCGUUCAAGCGUGUCUUGGCGGACAACUCGUAUUCUCAGUUCAAACACCUAAAGCUCCAAACAGCAGAAUCACAGUCCGAAGAGGAGUAUUCAAAUUUGCAUCCGUAUAAGGGGUCGAUUUCCGAGCUAAUCAAGGACCCAGAUAUCGGGUUUUUGGAGCUUCUUAGCGAGUGCGAGGGGAGGAAUUUGGAGAUGAAAGGUUCUCAUGUGUGGGUUGAGACUGAAACACAGUUGAAGGAGGUUGUGGAGGUUUUGAGCAAUGAGAGGGUCUUUGCUGUGGAUACCGAGCAGCACAGUUUCAGGUCCUUCUUGGGUUUCACGGCCCUCGUUCAGAUAUCCACCAUGCGUGACGAUUAUUUGGUGGACACAAUUGCCCUGCAUGAUGUGAUGCGGCUUCUUAGGCCAGUGUUUGCUGAUCCUGGAAUAUGCAAGGUAUUUCAUGGGGCUGAUAAUGAUGUUCUUUGGCUGCAAAGAGAUUUCCACAUAUAUGUUGUCAAUUUAUUUGAUACAGCGAAGGCAUGUGACAUCUUAUCAAAACCACAAAGAUCAUUGGCAUAUCUGCUUGAAACAUACUGCAGUGUUUCCACAAACAAACUGUUACAGAGAGAAGACUGGAGACAACGUCCCAUGCCUAUGGAAAUGAUACAGUAUGCCCGAGUAGACGCACAUUAUUUGUUGUAUAUUGCAUAUUGUCUUUGUUUGGAGCUCAAACAGAAGAAUAACGAAAGAUCGUCUCCUGGUGAUGAAUUCCAUUUUCUUCUUGAGGCCAGCCGGCGUUCGAAUGCAACAUGUUUGCAACUUUUUGCGAAAGACAUUGAAGUGUAUCCAGGAGAAUUAGCUGCAUCAUCAAUAGUUUCUCGUUGCUUGAAUGAUCAAGGGACUAUUUCAUCCAGUCUUUGUGAUACAAAGUUUCAGGAACUUAUUAGACGGCUGUGCUUGUGGAGGGAUAUAAUGGCCCGUAUGCAUGAUGAAAGCUUGAGAUUUGUUUUGUCGGAGAACGCAAUCAUUGCACUAGCAUCCCAAGUCCCCACAACCGAAAAAGAUAUUUGCAGCUGUAUAUCCAAAGCCGACCAAGAUAAUGAAUCUGCAGCUACUGUUCCUCUCCAAUCUCCAUCUCCUGUAGUUUGCUAUCAUGUGGAGGACCUUCUAUUCUUGAUCGGUGAAAGCACAACCUUUUCUGAAAAUAUAUUCAAAGUUUUCAUCCACCGGCACCUGGGACCCUCCGGUAGUUGUCCUCUUUCUGCAUAUAAUUAUGCUUUGUUGUCCAAAACUAGCCUGGGACUAAACCGGAAAUCCAUCUCGAGCUGUAACGGAUUUAGGGCUUCCAAACAGGUGGCAAAGAAGGCUUCUAGAGAGCUCUUUGUUCAGAAGUUCUCGUGCAAAUCCCCAGUUUAUCACAAUUGCAAGAUCUAUGCAAACGACGGGAGAUUAUUAUGUUAUUGUGACCGCAGAAAACUUGAAUGGUACCUCAAUAGGAAUCUAGCUAAACUCGUGGAGGACGAUCCCCCUUCCAUCAUGCUCCUCUUCGAACCCAAGGGACGCCCAGAGGAUGAAGAUAACGACUUCUACAUACAGAGUAAGAAAAACAUUUGCGUUAGCUGUGGCGAAGGAAACCACUACUUGCGGUAUAGAAUCAUACCUUCAUGCUACAGAAUUCAUUUUCCCGAGCAUUUAAAAAGUCACCGUUCGCAUGACAUCGUCCUCCUUUGCGUUGAUUGUCACGAAACCGCUCACGCUGCUGCCGAGAAGUACAAGAGGCAGGUAGCGGCUGAAUUCGGAAUCCCGUUGUUCGUUCGUAAAGUGGUUGACUUUGACAAGAGUCAAAAUGCGAAUUCAUCAUCUUUGCCUGUUAUGUCGUCUGAGGAGAUUGGUGUUUCGCCUCUACAGUUGCGUACAGCUGCUAUGGCCUUGCUGCGCCAUGGCCCACAGAUGCCGUCUGAGCGUCGUGAAGAAUUAGUGCAGAUUGUCAGGACAUACUACGGAGGGAGAGAAAUAUCAGAUGAGGAUCUCGAGAAGGCUUUGCUAGUUGGAAUGACUCCUCAUGAAAGAAGAAAAUUUGAAAAAAAGAGAGGUUUUACGUUUAAGUAUCUGCAGAGAGGAACCAAUUCAGAUGACGUGAAAGAAAAUAAUGUCUCUAAGUCAGAUCAACUGAAGGGUGAAAGUUUUGAUUCUUUAAGGACCAAUUGGACAGAGACUGAUGAAAAACAAGAUUGUGAGGAUAUUUUAAUGGCGGGGGAUCCUGAUGGUGGAAAUUUAUCUAAUAUGACGACAAGCCAAGUGGAUGAAAGAGAUUAUUUGGUGAAGCAGGAAUCAAAAUUAUCGUUAUUAGGACACGGGCCCCACGGGAAGCAGGUAGUCGCGCAUCUGCUGAAGGAGUACGGUGAAGACGGGGUCCGAGAAUUUUGUCAGAGAUGGAGGCAGAUUUUCGUUGAGGCACUUCAUCCUCGAUUCUUGCCUGCUGGUUGGGAUGUUAUGCACAGUGGUAAGAGAGAUUUCGGAGAAUUCAGUGUAUACAAACCGACCAAAAAGGCUUCAGGCAUUGCUGCAGAAGGAUAG